AAAGUCUCUUUCCUUGCUUCAUUCCUUGCUCGCUCACUCUCUUUUUUGUCUGCUGUUCUAUUUUAUUGUCAUUUUCUCUUCUUUUUUUUUUCCUUGAAAUGGGUUAAGGAAUAUAUUUUGUACUUGGUGUUUCGUUUAGCUGAUUAUAUAUCUGUUCUAUAACGAGAGGAAUUUCUUUUUAAGUUGAUGUUUACAUGCUUUUGAUAAGUUUUAGGGUUUUGGAAUAAUGGGUUGAUUUUAAAUUUUGUUGAAGCUUCAAUUUUUGUUGUUGUUUACUAUAGUAUUAGAAAUGACAGUUUGAUACUUGUUAGCUGUUAAUUAAUUUCUAGCUGCAAAAUUGUUUUUUUUUCUUUUUAGUUUUUGGAUCUGGGUUUUGUUGAAAAUAAUAAAAUGACUAAGUAUAUUUGUUGAAAAUAAUAAAAUGACUAAGUAUAAAAUUGGAUGGAUUUUGACGAGAAUUUGUUUUGCUAUGUGUAUGAUUGUAUUUUUGUGCUAGUUGUUAGAGAAUCUUGAAAUUUAGAGAUUUGACAUAAAAGUUCUAAUCUUUAUUGCUUCCAAUGUAUGAUCAAGUUACACUUUGCUUUGUUUGGUGAUAAUUGAUUAGAUCUCAAGUUAAAGAAAGAAAGAAAGAAAGAAAAAAGUUAUAUAAAAGGGAAAGUGAAUAAUGACAUGAUCAUCUUAUCUACUUCAGUUGAUUGGAUUUAUAGGGGAAUUUUGAAUUGGGUUCUUUUGUGUUUGUUGCUGUUUGAAACAAGGAAUGGGGUCUAAUCUGAAUUUCAAGAGGUUUGGUGAAGCACCAAGUAUGGAAGGGAAUGGAUCAAAGGCAGUGGGCAAUUUCCCAUUGGCUAGGCAGUCAUCAAUAUACUCGUUGACCUUCGAUGAGCUGCAGAACACAUUCGGUGGACUCGGCAAGGACUUCGGAUCCAUGAACAUGGAUGAACUCUUGAGGAACAUCUCAACUGCUGAAGAGACUCAGAGUUUGAUGACAGCUUCAGUUCCUGGAGGAGAAGGUGGUGUUUCUGGUGGUAAUUUGCAGAGGCAAGGUUCAUUGACAUUGCCAAGGACUCUGAGUCAGAAAACGGUUGAAGAAGUAUGGAAAGACUUGUUUAAGGAAAAUGAUGGUGCUAAAAAUGUAAGUAAUGGUGGUGGUGGUGGUGGAGCGAAUUUGCCACAGAGGCAACAGACGUUGGGAGAGAUGACUUUGGAGGAGUUCCUGGGGAGGGCAGGUAUUGUGAGGGAAGAUAUGCAAUCGAUUGGAGUGCCGAAUAACAAUGGAUUCUUCGAUAACAACUCUGGUUUAGCUCUUCCGUUUCAACAGACAAAUGGGAACAAUGGUUUUUUGAGUAACAAUAACUCAGUUCUUAAUCAGCCUCCAAUCUUACCAUUAGACGUGAGUGGAGCCAAAUCAUCACACUCACAGCAGCAACAACAGCCACUCUUUCCCAAGCAACAAACGGUUGCAUUCGCUCCAUCUAUGCACUUGAUAAACACUACACAUUUUCCUAGUCCUGGAGCUCAGGGGUCGGUAGUUGAAACCAGUGACCUUUCAAUGAAUACUAAUCUAGUUCAGUCUAGUGGCCUGCAGAGUGGUGGGAUGGGAAUAGUUGGUUUACCAUCUCCUGCAAGCCAUAUGUCUCCAGAUGUGAUUUCAAAGAAUAGCGUAGAUACAACUUCUUUUUCACCGGUUCCUUAUGUACUUGGCCGGGGAAGAAAACGCAGUGCAGCAUUGGAGAAAGUCGUUGAGAGAAGGCAAAGGAGAAUGAUUAAGAACAGAGAGUCAGCCGCAAGAUCACGAGCUCGCAAGCAGGCUUAUACAUUGGAACUUGAAGCUGAAGUUUCAAAACUUAAAGAAAUGAAUGAAGAAUUGCUGAGGAAACAGGAAGAAGUGAUGGAAAUGCAGAAAAAUCAGAUGCUAGAAACACUUAAUCCAGCAUGGGGAGGUAAAAGACAAUGCUUAAGAAGAACACUGACAGGCCCUUGGUAGAGUUUGAGGAACUGCUGAUUGUAAAAAAUGUUGCUCUGAUACACAAUCUUGGCCGGUGCUACAGUUUAAUGAUUGGGAUCUGCAUCCAUUAUCUAUAUCUUGAUACUGCUUAAGGCUAGAUAGCUGUGAAUAUAGAAGCAAAGGGUUUUGAGUUGUAAGUUAUGUACUUGACAGUAUUAGUUUGUAGUUUUGAUUUUGUUAUUGGCUUGAUCUCUGUUUGCCUAUCAUGAUCUAACCUUGACAACAAAGGCGGGCUUGUAAGAUAACUAGAUGGAUGCUCCAAUAUGGUCUUUACGCUCUGCCUACAGACUUGGUCAGUUUCAUCCUGAUUUGACUUGUAAAUUUAAGACAUAUCUGUUGUAAGAAAUAAGCUAUCGGUUUUGAUUC